AUGGCGAACCUUCUCUCCUUGCCUGCAGAGAUCCUUCUCCUCAUACCUUCGUAUAUUCACUCGGUUGGAGAUGCGAAUGGCCUGCUAAAUCUUUGCCUCACCUCAAGAACGCUUCGCACAUUUACCCAGCCGUUAAUAUUCCGUGACUAUGAUAGAACAGACGAUUACAUUCACUCGAAUCAAAAUCACAAAGAAGGCCGCAUAGGUCCCCUUCUCUGCUUCACACAAACUCAUCUUCCCGUGACAGACAAAGUGAAGUUCCUAUCGGGGAUUAUGGCGGCCAAAGCAAAUCCGUUGCUUGUGCUCCUUAUCUCUCAGGCGCCCAAUCUAGAAGAGCUCGACCUUAUGACUUCAGAUGAAGCAACGUUGAGCAAGAUUGUCAAUUCAUGCAAGCGCCUCGAGGGUUUUGUGUAUAUCGCGUCCCCGUGUAAUUCUCAUCAGUAUAUUUCGGUCCUAGAGCCUCACAAGAGCAGUCUCGGAGCGAUAUCUAUCGAUCUGCAUCGUGCAGACCGUUCCGUAUGUCAUUGGGAUGAAUGUCCUCAAUACGACUCCUUUGUGUCCUUCACAAACCUUUACCGUCUUAAACUAGAGCAGGGCUCGAUUCAGGAUUUGACAGCCCUUCCAGCCUCUCUGGAAGUUCUUGGGUUCCAUCUAUGCGACUAUCCAGUGUUCGAUAUGCUGGAUACUUUGAUAGAAAUGAGCCAAACUAGCCUGCAGUCCCUAUACCUAGACAAUCUGGAUGCAAGAUGCUUCUCAGUAGGAAUUCUCGGGUUGACUUGAACGAACCCUCAUACAUGGCAGAGCUCCGCAAGACAUGUCAACGUCUGGAAAAUAUCGCCUGAAAAGCGGAUUUCGAAAUUCAGAUU